AUGACAGCCUCGUCUACAACAGAUGCUAUCGUAGUUGGCAUGAAGGCCGUGACAUUAGACCAUCCUCAUGCCGACUACUACUAUCCAGAUGACACAGCCAGUGACUCCACAAUAACAGCUACUGCCAAGGACUUAUCUCGACAUGCAACGGAAAAAAGACAGGACUGGAGAGAUGAAAUUGAGCAUUCUUUUGACUCAAGUUGUAAUGAUAAUAAUUACACUCUGGAUGAUUUCAAUGCUUAUGAAACUACCAUUAUGCAAUCCUUUCUUGAGCCCAGCUGUCCUGAAUACAUGGAUCCACCUCCAUUGCCUAAACAGAAAUCAAGAUUUUCUGUCAUCAAGUCCAAGGUAAAGCAAGCAUUUUGCAUUGCCUCGCCUACUAGCCAUUAUCAUUAUCCACAACAGCAGCAGCAGCAAGGACUAAUGCAAUCGUCCUUGCCUGUAUUUCCUACCGCUACAACAUGCAACAGUAGCGUUGAUACUAGAUGGAAUCCGUCCAUUGAUUCGUCUAUUUGUUCUUCUAGUACAUUGCGACCACCAGAUCAAACUUCGACACAUUCCAACAAGUCAAAUGCUUCUUCCUCCAAACCAUAUUCGUAUGGGUUUCAGUAUAGUAACAGUAGCAGCAGCAGCCCUCCAUUCGCAACCACCCAGAAGCCACCACAAAGACAUUCCACCGUAUCCAGAAUAAAGAACCGCUUCAGCCGAACUCCAUCUUUGGGCACAUUGCCAAUAUCUGUCCCUACUACACCUAUUAAGGGCAUUCUAAAGAAACAAACAAAUGCUGCGACAACUACAAAACCAACAAAAACAAUGCGCCCAUCACUUACGAGGCCAGCCAGUGCUUUGCUUCCUACUGACCCGCGUCAACAGCAUCAGCUGCGAAAGAAGAGAUGGUCUAUCGCUCGAUUUUCGGUCUACAGCAGCAAUCCACAGACAAAGAAGCGUUAUUCUGUAUUUUCCGUCAUGAACAACGACAAGCGAAGAUCACAACCACUACAACAGACAUUGCUAUCAGUAGAAAACGGCAGAGUACGCUUUAACAUGUACCUGGAUGUUCAAGAAACGUACGCAAAAGGCGAUUACGAUCGCAGCUCGGACCCUGAUGCUGUCUGUAACAGACUCACGGCUGCCACCGCUACACAAAUCAAGCGAGAGUUAAAUUACUUCAAGCUCCAUGAAAUGCAAGUUCAUGAUUACAGCAGAGAGUACACACACUUUUUCACGUAA